AUUCUGUCAAAAUUGGAAUCAGCUGUUUGAGCUGGUUCUACAUGCAUUCUUAGUCGCUAGGAUCAUAAUAUUUUAGUCGGUAUGUUCGUUUGACUGUCUGUCAUUCUAAAUUUAACUGGCUAUUAUUACCAAACGUUCUGUUGGCCAAACUACACAAAUUGAGAGCAAUUUUUUGUUUUUUUUUCCUGUGAAUAUGAAUUAUUUUUACCGGCAAAUUUACUAAAACUUAAACCAAAUCCCAUUCGCAAUAAGAGUCAUCAUUGAUAGACAUUAAACUGAAAAUAGGAAACAAACAUCAAAUGGAAAACCAGUGAGAAUUUCAUAUGGCUAAACGUUUGAGGUGUCAUCCACUGAAUCGAAUGAGAUAGUAAAUAGUGAAACCGAAAUUCCUAACGACCAGCGAUUUACAUUUUAUCACAGCCAUAUGGGUGUUCUAGUCUUUUUCAUUGCAAUUGUUCAUCUUCUCUACACACCAUUCACAAAAGUCGAAGAAAGUUUCAAUAUACAAGCAAUUCAUGACAUUUUGUAUCAUGGAACGAAUAUAUCACAGUACGAUCAUCAUGAAUUUCCGGGUGUUGUGCCGCGCACUUUUCUCGGCCCAUUGUUCAUCUCCACGCUGGCUAGCCCAUUAGUUUUCGUUCUGCAUCAUUUCGAAGCAAAUAAAUUCUGGGCACAGUACAUAGUUCGAUUUGCGUUGGCCACCUGUGUAGUGUUGUCAUGGUGCAAACUGCAACGUGUUGUUCAACGACUUGUUGGCUCUCUGUUCUCCGUUUGGUUUACAUUGAUCACCAUUACACAAUUUCAUUUCAUGUUCUACAUGAGCCGAACGCUACCUAAUGUCUUCGCUCUGCCUCUAGUGUUGCUGGCAAUUGCGUAUUGGCUGGAACGAAAGAAGGCAUUAUUCAUUUAUUUAUCUGCAGCAGCUAUACUCAUCUUUCGAGCCGAAUUGGCAAUACUUUUGGGCCUGUUUCUUCUGUAUGACAUCUCAUUUCAACGCAUCACAAUAAAAGAAUUAAUGAAAUAUGCAGUGCCAGCCGGUCUGUCCAGUUUGGCGUUGACAAUUUUGAUUGAUUCGAUAUUUUGGCAGCGUCUGCUUUGGCCCGAAGGAGAAGUGUUGUGGUUUAAUACGGUGCUGAAUCGAAGCUCUGACUAUGGCGUUUCACCGUUCCUAUGGUACUUCUAUUCGGCUCUGCCGCGGUCAAUGGGCGCUUCUCUGCUGUUCGUACCAUUUGGCCUGUAUUACGAGAGACGCAUUCGACAGAUUGUAAUACCAUCGAUCGUUUUCGUAACAAUCUACUCGAUUUUACCGCAUAAAGAACUUCGUUUCAUUAUUUAUGUAUUCCCAUUACUGAAUAUUGCCGCCGCUUGUGCGUGCCAACGUCUGUGGAACAAUCGAUUCAAAUCACUUUUCCAAAAAUUACUUGCAUUUGGCGCGGCUGGGCAUAUUUGCCUGAACAUAUUGUUAACGCUGUUUUUAUUGCUCAUUUCGGGUACCAACUAUCCAGGUGGCAUGGCUAUCAUGAGAUUGCAUCGCAUUGAAGCUAAUACCGAUAUGGCCUCGGUACACAUAUGCAAUUUGGCAGCACAAAGCGGCGUCACACGAUUUACUGAACUUAACAAAUCUUGGAUCUACAACAAAGAAGAAAAUGUGAAACUAGACAAUCCAAAAUUGCUUGCAUUCACCCAUUUGUUGGUUGAACAGAAGGGGCGUUAUUUUUAUGAAAAUGAGGAUAUUCGAAACACGCACGAUGUUCUAGAUAACAUCAAUUGUUUCAGUAAUAUUGGUGUCGAGUAUCGAUCGGUGUUUCCAAUAAAAAUAAAAACACGUCCAUGCAUCAUAAUAUUGCGUCGAAAGCCUGGCAUAGUCCCACCAAAAAUCAAAGUUGUGUAUAAGAAAUCGGUUAAUGAUAUUCAAAAUGGCGACAACGAAGAUAUUGAGAAUGCAGAAAACACCGUAGAAACGGAAUUAGAGGAUUCCGAAGAAACAGAGGAGAGCGAAAUUAUUGAAGAUCCAAUUGUGAAUAGUAAAGAGGAAAAUGAGAACGACGAUGGUGACAAAGAAGCUACAGAAGAACUAGACGAUCCUUUGGACUCGCUGGACAAUGCCAUAUCAGAUGAUGAAGAACAAAAUAUCAUUGUUGAAACUGAAUUGAAAAAACCGACAAUAGAAACAAAACAGAAGCUAAAACGACUCAUCGAACGUCUUUAUCGAAUGAAAGUAACCAAAGCGUCACAGAAUGAUCGAACCGAUUUAGUGACGGCCAAUAAGCAGAGCAUUAAAUCAAACAUCAAACAACUCAUCAAGAAAGAGAAGAUCAAAGAGAUGAUUGAAAGAAUAUCGCAGAUUGAUCUGAGGACGGUGUGUGAUUUGGAACGAGAGACAACCAAACAAUGUGUUUUGAAAAUCAUUGACUCAUACAUGGACUAAAUGUCCAAUUGACAUUGCUCAUUAACCAUGGAACAGUUGCAAUUUUCGAUUACAUGUACAACGCAUAAAUGAAAUGAAACAUAAGUCUGCUUCCCGAAGCUGGGCACUGAGGCCAUUGUUCUUAAGUCAAGAUUUCUGUUUUCUAACAUUUACAUGUACAUUUCUACAUUUUUCUAAAAUUUCUAUAAUUUUAACAAAAAAACCAAAUUUUUCGAAGAAAAUGAUACAAAAUUCGGCCAAAUAUACAGUCUCAGCGCCUAGCCUUGCAUUUCAAUUUGCCUUAAACUUGUUGUUGUGUUUGAUUAGAUGAAUAAAACUAUUUUUCAUACAUCUUUUAUUGUAA